AUGCCCCCUGCAGACAUCGACCGUUCUCGACCUGCUCGCUCGUCGCGCACAAAACCCACCAAGGAUGAUUGCGAAGACUGGACCAAGGUCGCAGACCGGACUGAGCGACGACGCAUCCAGAACCGCAUUUCCCAAAGGAAAUACCGCGAGAAGAUGAGACAGCGUCACCGUUCCGAAUCUCAAGAAUCCUCCUCCCCACAGUCCAUCUCAGCGUUAGAGCAACGACUCCUGCAAGCUCCCCUACCGCUGUCGGGCAGUGUGAGCCCGGCAUCCUCAGCAAUCGGUGUUUCCCCCUCAGAACGCGACAUUCUCGCACCCCGACGGUCAGUCGACGCGUACGACGGCGAACCGGAGAUCUUCACCCAACCGCUCUACGACUGUUACGAGACUGCCUUCCCUCCCGUGCCCGCAACACCCUCGUUCCUCUUCCCCUGGUCGGAACACAUCGACCCUGACCUCGCGGGAACCAGGGCUGGUUCCAGUGCGGGCAUGCACUCCACAUCCGCCGGUACCCCCCACGCCAACACGCUCUGCUUCGAGCCGCAACACUGGCAACAACCCCCCUCACCGUACAUGUCCGGGUACUACGACGCACAGGACUUAACGUGGCCGUCGCAGCCGCUUUUCGCCGAUCUGGGCGACAAACGCUCGGACCCCGGGGAGUUCAUCCUCCCGAUGAGUUCGAGUCCGUACCCGCCAGAAGGCGUUUCGCUGGCAUGGAAGGUUUAA